ACGAUUUAUAAAUUCACUUUCGCGACUGCAACGUUCACUGUACAUCCGAGUUUCGUUUUUCACUGAUUCGUUGAUUUGAAAACCCGGAAGAAUGUCGCUCCAGCGGUACGUUUCGUCGUGUAUUUUACUGAUCGUUUCAACGAGUGCGAUUCCUCUUGUCAAGGAUACCAUUAUUGGAUCGCUCAACAAGCGGUUUCGUCGAGAAGAUGGAUCGUCGAUGGCCUACCGUCUCUCCGAAGCCGUUAUUCCCACCAAGUAUACCAUUCGGCUCGAGCUUGACAUGGCUUCGGGCAAUUUUAAAUUCAACGGUGAAACCGAUAUUGAGAUACAAGUGCGACAGCAGACGUCAACGAUCAUUCUACACGCUAAGAAGCUCAUCUUCGAGUCCAAAUACACGAAACUACUCCGCGCGGACGGUUCUCGUGUGAAGGUGAGAAUAAGCUCUUACUACGACAGGGGCUUGGAAAUUUACAAAUUAAUCCUGAACGGAGGCUAUCUCCCGAUCGGCAGUUAUUUGUUGAAACUGAAAUAUACCGGAUCUAUAAAUAACGAGAAGAAAGGACUGUACCGAAGUUCGUACACGAACUCUCGAGGUGAAAAAGUAUGGUUUGCGCUAACCCAAUUCGAACCUACUUACGCAAGGUGGGCGUUUCCUUGCUUCGAUGAACCCUCGUUCAAAGCAACAUUCAAAAUCAUCAUUAAGCACUCGUCGAAACACACGGCAGUUUCGAACAUGCCAGCUAUGAGCACAAAGAUUCCCUACGAUCAAUCGAUAUGUAUUACUGAAUUUGGAGAAACACAGAAAAUGUCGACAUAUCUCGUAGCUUUUGUAGUUUCAGACUUCAAGCUUCUCACCAAUGAUGACGGAUCAUUUAGAGUUUUUGCUAACGCGAAUAAAAUUCAUCUCGGGAGAUUCGCUCAGAGCACAGGCCCUGCGCUACUCGGGGAGUUGGAAGAUUACACGAAAAUCGAUUAUAAAUUACCAAAAAUUGAUAAUUUUGCGAUACCGUCGUUCUCCAACUAUGGCAUGGAGAACUGGGGCCUCGUUACAUUCAGGGAGGAAGUAUUAUUGUAUGACGAAAAACACACGACCACGCAGAGCAAGCAAGAGAUCGUAAGACUUAUGUCACACGAAUACGCGCACCAAUGGUUCGGAAACCUUGUCACCCCAUCGUGGUGGUCCUACAUUUGGCUUAACGAAGGUUUCGCACGGUACUUCGAAUGGUGGAUCACUGAUCGAGUUGAGUCCUCGUGGCGUAUGAUGGAGCAAUUUGUGACAGAAGAACUUCAGAAAGAAGCUUUCGUUGCUGACGAUAAAGAGUCUCAGCAUGCAAUGGAUUUUACGGCUAAUAAAGUACUCGAGCCUCGAAAGGUUUUCGACGAAAUAACAUACGAUAAAUCUGCCUGUGUUAUUCGCAUGUUUUCUCACGUACUCACACCAACCGUAUUCCAAAGUGGAUUGCAGAACUACUUAAUGCACAAGAGCUAUGAUACGGUGACGUCUGCUGACCUGAUAAGAGAAUUAGUAACCGUUGCUGGGAAAGACAUCGAGUUCCUGGAUAAGGCUUUGCUUUCUUGGAUCACACGGCCAGGCUACCCAGUCGUCACGGUCAUGCGAAAUCAUUCGGCUGGCACCGCCGCAAUAUCUCAGAAACGAUUUUUAACAAAUCCUUUGGCAGUUCGAACGGGCAAGUGGUUUGUCCCAAUCAACGUCGUUUCCGAAGAGGAACCGAAUCGUUUUUCGGACACUAAACCAACUCAUUGGCUCCUCGACGAUGCUCAAUCGCUGAGACUCUCCGGAUUGAAAAACGACAAGUGGAUCAUCCUGAACAGUCAGCAAACUGGUUAUUAUCGUGUUAACUAUGAUGCUGAAAACUGGAAGUUGAUCAUCGACUACCUGCAGAAUCCCAACAGCAUGAAGAAUAUUCACGUGUUGAAUCGAGCUCAGCUGUUGGAUGAUUCCUUCCAUCUCGCUGCGGCUGUCGAACUUCCCAAUUAUUCAGUUUUCUUCAACAUGACGAAGUACCUCCAGCACGAAGAGGACUUAAUUCCAUGGUGUGCUGCCCAUCGUGCCUUGGCCUUCCUUAACAAAGUUCUGGCGAACUCCAAAUGUUAUGAUCUCUUCAAGCUUUACGUUCAACGACUGACGGCAAACCUCGAAGAAAAAUUGGGCUACACCGAAAACGCCAAUGAAGAUUACGACGCGAAGAUGAGCAGAUUGAACUUGGUCCGAUUGGCGUGUGCAGUAGGUUCUGCCAAGUGUUUGGCUGCCACUCACAAAAUGCUUCUCGAGCACGUAGGCGGUAUCAAAAAGAUCUCGGUUGAUCUACAAUCGGUGGUGCUCUGCGCCGGAAUGCGAUCAGCGAGCAGACAGCAGUGGGAAAUGGUUUACAAUUACACUACCAAGUUACCCGAGGACACGGACGAGCAUUCAAUAUCCUUUGCCGCGCUCGGCUGUCAUUCGGAUCCAGUUGUUCUCGAGAUGUAUCUAGAGAAAGCUUUGAUCACAGCAUCCGACAGUAUCAGAAAUUACGUUGCGAAAGCCUUGUACAACGGUGACAUGCCUGGCGUCGAUAUCGACGUAUUUUUCGACUUCAUGGAAGACCAUUUAGAGACAAUUUACAAACGUUCCUUUUUGGAGAACGGUACGAACCUGAUUUUCAUUCACUCUAUAGAGAUUGCAAGCAGGAUGACGACACGCGAACAGAUCAAACGGCUGCAACAUUUGAUCGCCGAGUUGCGCAGGCACUAUCAUCUAUUGGCAGUCUACGUACAUGACCAUGCCGAAGCUAAAGCCGACGGUAACGUCAGGUGGGUGGAAAACCAUGAGACGGACGUAACUACGUUCUUGGCUGCGCAACAUUUGAUCACAGAAUAAAACUGGCGGAGAACAUUGUAGAUACGCGUAUAUUAUAAGUAUUGGUUUGAAAGUGUUUUUUUAUUUCAAUUUUCGAUUUGCAAUUUCAAUAAGUUAUUUUGCUUUUGCGAGUAAUCUACUUUUAGUUAUUAUCGGGUUUAAUAUUUCCAUGAUCGAAAUAAUUAUUACCAUUUUUUAAAUUACAUUAGGAUUAGUACCACGGAAAUGAAUAAUUAACAAUGUUACGUG